AUGGCCUGCGCUUGGGACUUGAAAGGAGCUGCUGGAAAACAGAUCCAAGUUUCGUUGACAGCCGCAUCGGCCGAAACCAGAGAGCAGUGUGUCACAGUUUAUAACAGAGAUGCUGCAGACAAUACGGCAGUCAAAAAAAUUUGUGGUGAAGAGGGCAACAACAAGUUUACUGGCAAUCUCGGGAAGGAUGUCACUGUGGAGUUUGAAAAUCCAAAAGAUUCGGAUAAAUCAAUCAAGAAUUUCAAAGUACAUUAUCAACUUGUAAAGAAUGCGGAUCCGAUGAACCCGGCUGGAUGUAAUGUGAUUCCGGGACCACCAGCAAACCAAGAUCAAUCAUUCACGGUAGCUAAAUCCGGAGACACUAUUCCAGCCGACCUGACUUGCACCUGGAAUAUUCAAACUAGUGAUGGGAAGAAUAUACGUGUCAGCUUGAAUGUGGACUCGGUAUGUGCUUAA